UCUACUUUUUUCCAUCUACUGAAAGGAUUCCCAUUAUCAUGUUCUUAUCUUCAUUUUUCUCUGCGCGAUCUCUUCACCACAGAGUUCAUACUGUUACCAAGUUUACAAUCAGUUGUUUGUUCCUGUGUUAGACUUCUACUGUGCAACAACUGCUUCGGUCUUCGCCAGAAUUUCACUUCAGAUUAAUUUGUUUUGGAUUUUUGGCUUUUAAAUAAUAUUUUGUGGGUUUUCUCUUCCAAGAUCAAGUUCGUGCCAUGGAAAUUCUUUCUUCAAUCAUUGGAAAAUUUGUCGAAUUAACUGUUGAGCCCAUUGUACGUGAACUUUGUUAUCCAUGUAUGAUGAGCAGAAACAUUGAAAAACUCAAAAACCAAGUUGAAAUGCUGAAGGAAACUAGAGAUUCAGUGCGACAUAUGGUCGAUGCUGCAACAAGAAAUGUAGAAGACAUAAAACCUGCUGUUCUAAAAUGGUUGGGGGAAGUCGAUGACAUCAUUAAGAAAUCCGAGGAGGUUGUCAAUGCAAGCCAACAAGUUAGAUUAUGCUCGAAUUUGGUCCAACGACACAAGUUAAGUAAAAAAGCAAAGAAAAUGGCUGAAGAGCUUCGUGGGAUGAAAGAAGAAGCUGGAAGUUUCAAUAAUGGAGUCUCCUAUAAUGCACAUGUCCCUCUCGAGAAUCCAUGGACAAAAAUACCAGAUUUUCUGUACUUUGAAUCAAGAAAGUGGACUAUGAAACAAAUCACGGAUGCUCUCUCAGACAAUAAUGUCAACAUGAUUGGAGUGUAUGGGAUGGGGGGCGUUGGCAAAACGAUGCUGGUAAAAGAAAUUUCAAAAACAGUUAUGGAAAAAAAAUUGUUGGCUCAGGUGAUAACAUUAACGGUCAGUCAGACGCAAGAUUUGAAAAACAUUCAAGGACAAAUAGCUAACACGUUAGAUUUGAAGUUCGAUCAAGAAACUGUAUUGGGAAGAGCACUUAAACUACACAAGAGGUUGAAGAUGGAAAACAAUAUCCUGAUUGUAUUUGAUGAUAUUUGGGAGCAUAUUGAUUUGGAAACAAUAGGAAUCCCACUUGUUGCAGAUCACACAGGAUGCAAGCUCUUAUUUACCUGCAGGGACAAACAUGUACUCUCUAAUGAGAUGUGCAUUAAUAAAAUUUUUGAGAUAGAAGUUCUAGGAGAAGACGAGUCAUGAAAUUUAUUUAAGAAAAUAGUUGGCGAAAUUGUUGAAACGUGUGAUUUGAAACCUAUAGGGAUUCAGAUAGUGAAGGAAUGUGCACAUUUACCCAUUGCUAUUACUACUGUUGCUAAGGCCUUACGAAAUAAACCUUCAACCCCCAUUUGGAAAGAUGCUUUAGAUCAACUAAAAAAUCCUGUGACGGUAAAUAUUAGAGAAAUGGACAAGAAAGUGUAUUCAUCGCUGAAAUUAAGUUACAACUACUUACAAAACAA